GGAUUUAUUUCUCAAGAAGAUAAAUGAACCUAAUUGGACAUUCAAUUACGUAAAAGUAAUAAAUAUUUGAUCAUUUUAUGUCUUUCCCUCUUUCGGUAUUAUUAGUUUAUGAUACGUGUACUUGACUAUUAUUUAAUCGUGUACUGUUGAAGUGAGGAUGACUGCAAAAUAAAAUGGGGAUAUGAGUUUUUAAAGUGUACGUAUAUUGGACAGGGAGAAAAAGGCUUUUGGAUAUUUUUAUUUUAAUUGUAGAUCACAAUUGUUAACGCAAUCAUACGAAAUUAAAAUUCUAUCGAAACUAUUUAAAAGACGCUGUAUUUUUUUUUAUUCAAUUCGUUUGCAUUUAUUUGUGUUAUUUAUUUUGAUAUUUAUCGCGGAACGAAAACAAAAAUCAGUUUCCAUUCUUGGUUUAUGUUGUUUACACUUAAACAAAGAUUAAACGGUGUAGGUGAUGGAAUUACGACCCAAAGGUCACGCAAAGGAUCAUUUUGUUAAUAUAUUAGCAUAAUAAAUAAUCCCUAAAGCUUUAUAUUCAAAGGCGAAAACAGUAUAUCAGUUACUUUAAGAGAUCAAUAUUUCAAAAAGGGAAGAAUGGUGUUCAAAGACCGUAUGGAUAAUAACAGACAGCUACACUAAUAAAAUAAGGUUACAAAGUAGAAUUUUGUUCUUUUUUUAAUUGUAUACAUACGCUCGCCUUUCAAGUUGUUAUCAGUAAUAGGUAACAAUAAAUAACGUCUGAUUUAUACGUCUGUAAUGAGAAUACAGAACCGAACAUCUUUCAAAGUUGAAGAAGAAACUGAUUUGUCUAGAAGAUGUGAAAUUGGUUGGAAGUUGAAAAUAUUUACAAUGAUACGGCUGAAAAGACCUACAAUUUUUGACGCCGCGAUGCUUUUCUCUGGAUUAGUCGCAUUUGUGUUGCACGUGCUUGGGACGGCAUUUCCGUACUGGUGGGUCGUGCACGAGAGAGAAGACGAAACUAUAACACUGACGUUCUAUUAUGGUAUUUGGGUCAUUAUCGACUGUCGAAAUGACACGUGCGUAACUACGUCAUCACGGAUGAAUGGUGAUAGAGCUUGGUUGAUUGGUCCUGCGGUUCUGAUUAUUCUUGCUGACCUACUCCUUCUUGUUGUGGUCUUAUUCACGUGCCGUUAUAUCGUGUACGAGAAACAUGGACUGGUGUUCCGGAAACUGUGUGUACUGCUGAGCUCGGGCGCAGGCGGGGUAAUUAUUCUUGCUGUUCUGAUAUUCUACAAGAAAAAGGCAGGACUGAGACCUUCCCAGGCGCCCGAGACUAGCGACGGUGACCCGAGUUGGGCACUGUUGCUCUCCUCUAUGGCUUCAAUCAUAGCGGUGUUGCAUGGCGUUGUCAGUGGUUGUUAUGCUAACAAAAUGUGGAAGAAAGGCGAAGAUAAAAGGCCGAAGACUGUGUUUGGUAUAGACGCUGGGGAACUAGAAGUUAACGUCAAUGCGUUACGUCGAGGUGAACUUUCGUGUGGUAAAAAUAUAAACAGACUUGAGUCCGUGAAAGAAGAGAGUGAUUGGAAAUAUUAAUAAACAUGGUUGUGCACCUUAAUUGUGGAGCAGCGAUUUUAAAAAUUGUAUAAACGUUUCGCAAUAAAUCUUUUCUAUAAUACAAUGUAAUGUUAUUACGAAAACAUGUAUACCAUACAUUAAAAUUACGUCAUAUACAA